AUGUCACAAACACUACCGCUCGCAACACUGUAUUCCUCGGCUCUUGGGAACUUGUCCAAGGCUAUUAACCUACCCCCAGGAACGGAUGCUGGCCCUGAUUUGAUCUCAAAAAGCUACAGCGAUCUAAAACGGAUUCACUCAGAAAUCGUCAACCUAGCGAUAUUCAGUCCUAAUGAGACAGUAGAAGACAUUGCAACACGGGAUUUGGUUUAUGUCUCUCUACCAUGGACUCUUGCAGAGGCGCAAAGUAGGCUGAGGAAGGACGGUCGGGGUGAACGACUGGAAUCAAUUGCUCAAGCUCUCCAAUACAUGAAGAGCUUCAUAUCACUACUGGAGACAUACGAAAUAGUCCCUGAAACCGAGCGUGAACUCUACUCGAAGAAAGCUAACGAAGUCAGAGAUCCCGCCAGACUCAGAGAGCUCAAGAUCAACCAGUUCAAGAAAGAGAAAGAACUCAAAGGGAGGAUAGAGGCGCUGAGGAAACGGCAAUCCCAAAAAGCUCCAGAAACCGAUAGCUUCCAGUCCGACUUUGACUUGAUUGCAUCCCUCCUUCCGACAGCAGCCCAGCCAAAAGAAGAGAAGGAAUUGGACCCUGAAACGGAUGAAAUCUUGCGAGAGACCACCCUCAUCGUUCUGCGGCUCCUGUACGCCCAGGCUCAAACACAGACAGAGAUGCUAGAGAGGGAGAUAGAAAUGCUCAAGAUGGCACCCCCAUCACCAAUUCUCACUGCUGAGGCAAUGAGCCAGGAUGACAGGAUUAAAAUGCGACAGGAAGAGGCCGCACUGUGGAGAUUAGAUGCCCCUCGCCCCACGGGAGGACCUGAUGGCAAAGGUCCCCUCCUCGACUCUAGCGGCAAGGUUCUCCGACCAUUUACCAUCCUCCCAUCGGACGCUGGAGAACGUGCGAGGCUUCAAGCGACUGUGUUUGGACCUGAUCACAAUCUCCCUACGAUGACCGUUGACGAAUACUUGAAGAUUGAACAGGAGCGGGGGAAUAUUAUCACCGGUGGAGGCCCUGCGUCGGAGAACAAACCAACAUCCAAAGAGGAACUUGCGCUUGCAGCUGAGAUGGAUGGAACUGCUGAAGGAGAGCUGAAAGCGGAGGAAAAGCGACAGAAGGAUGAGAAAUGGGCGCGUUUUACGGAUGCCAACCCGCGGGGUGCUGGUAACACGAUGAACAGAGGGUAG